AUGGCACUGAAAAACUAUAUAUCCCUAGUGUUUCACUCCGAAGAUAACGCGGUUGACUUUUCGUUUACUUGGCUUAUUUCCACUCUUGCUUUUGGCUACUUAGUUUACCAGGUCCUUAACGCAGAAUGGAAUAUUUCACCUUUCCACCCCUUGGGCCAUAUACCCGGACCAAGGCUGGCAGCUGCAACAUACCUCCCUGAGUUCUACUACGACGUCAUAAAAUUCGGCCAAUACACGAAGAAGAUCCAACAAUUCCACGAGAUUUACGGUCCAAUUAUUCGCAUUAGUCCCAAUGAGGUACACUGCAACGACGUUCGUUUUGCGGACGAGAUAUACCCUCUAGGUGGCAGAAAGCGUGACAAACCUCUGCACCAAGUUAGGGACAGUGGAGCCGUGGCCAAUAUCAUGCCAGGCUGUGUCUACGGGCAUAACGAGUUGGCGCUUACCGCGCACGAGGUCCUUGAGGAAAAUAGCUCCAAUCGAUUCCUGAUGGCCAGUAUAACGGGCACCGAGCUUCCCUUUCCAGUGCAUGGUGGCUAUGUCCAUAUUGAUGAUUUGGCGGACGUUCAUUUGAAAGUAUUACGUCUAGCGCCAGGACCGGAGUCUAUUAGCAACUUCGGUGCUUCUGUUGACAUCGACUACUCCGGGACCUUUGGGCAUGUUAAGAAGGCGUUCCCGAAGGCGGUUGCAGAUGGGACCUUGAAGCGUGGCAAUAUGCCUACUUUGCCUAUCUCCUAUGAUUCGAGUGAGACGGAGAAGGCGUUGGGCAUAAAGUUCCGCCCCUUUGAGGAUGCUGUCGUGGAUACCGCGAGGCAAUAUUUGGAGAAGCUGGGUAAGGAAUUGGCAUGA